AUUCAGUUUCACUUUUGACCAACUACGGUGACUACGUUGACCUUCGAGGACUUGCGAUGACAAGAAGUAUCCUUAUUUUCAACAUUAUCCUCAUCAUUUUUCAAUUACAAAAUGAUUUGGUCCUUGGCGCGCCGCUAAACGAGACGAUGUAUCGUCUCAAUACUACUGGUUGUCCAAGGAUUGUCACAAGAGAGGAAUGGAAAGCUCGUAAACCGUUGGGCGAGCAACAACUCGAACGUACACCAACGCCUUAUGUCGUGAUCCACCAUGGUGGAAUUCGUCAAUAUUGUUACGAUCAGGAAGCCUGCAGCAAGAUAGUCAGAUCUUAUCAGAAUCUGCAUAUCGACGAUCGUGGUUGGUUCGACCUUGGUUAUAAUUUCGUUAUAGGCGAAGAUGGUAACGUGUACGAAGGCCGUGGAUGGAAUAAAGUUGGUGCACACGCGCCUGGAUAUAAUUUUCAAAGUAUCGGUAUUUGCAUCAUAGGAGAUUUUAUGGAUUUUCUUCCAAAUGACGCGGCCCUUCGUGCCUUAAAUUCUCUCAUUUCUUGUGGCAUCUCUCUUGGAAAAAUACAUCAUGAUUAUAACGUUAUCGGACAUCGGCAAGCACGUAGUACACUUUGUCCAGGAGAUACAUUUUACAAAUACGUUAUGACACUUCCUCAUUGGACAUCUCAUCCCAUACCCGACAGAGUACAAAUUACAACGGAAGCUCCAUCACAGGUACCAAAAGGAAACGACCCGAAUAACGAUUACAAUAUCGAUAAAGUUAUAUUAGAUUUAUUGAAUUUUUAUCGCAGAACACCUAAUAUCAUUUCGAGACAACAAUGGGGAGCUAGACCGCCGAAAACUACUAUACCUGCUCUUAAAAUUAAUCCAGUUCCUUACGUUGUUAUUCAUCAUUCGGAUACAGUUGGUUGUAACACUCAAGCAAUUUGUCAGGCUAGAGUUAGAAGUUUUCAGAAUAAUCAUAUGAACACGAAAAAAUGGGACGACAUCGGCUACAAUUUUUUGGUCGGUGAAGAUGGUAAUGUCUACGAAGGUCGUGGCUGGGGUAAACAUGGCUCACAUUCGGUCCAGUACAAUGCCAAAAGUAUCGGUAUUUGCCUCAUUGGUAAAUUUACAAAUACCGUACCAAAUUCAGCGAGCGUUCGAGCAACACAGAAUUUGAUAGCUUACGGAGUAGCUAACAACAAAAUCAAGUCCGAUUACAAACUUCUUGGCCAUCGACAAACCGCUCAAACUAGUUGUCCUGGAAAUGCUUUAUACAAUUUGAUUAAAACAUGGGCUCACUGGUCCGAGAAACCAUAAGAGUUAUGCGAUUAAAUUGAUCUAUGAAAUGUAACGUCUUAUUGUUUUAAACUUGACAAUCAUUGGAAAGUUGAACGGAUAGUUUUUUUUUUAUUUUUCUUUACGACAGAUAAGUUCAAAUUCGAUUUUCAUGCAAAUAUUUUUACUUGUUGUUUCGUAAAGAAAGAGUUCUAAAAGUAUUAAUAAAAUUUUCUUUGAACAUA